CACUUUCUCUCCUUCCCUGGACGGUCUCUUUUCGCAGAGGGGCGGGGCAAUGAGGAUUAAUAUCAUCACAUGGACAACACCGCGCGCGCCUAGUGGCACUUGCCGCCGCGUGACGUAUCUCGAGGACUUUUGGCGGCAAGAAAGCGAACAUAAAGUAGAAGUCUUUCGGUUUCGUUCGAUUGACGUGUACUCCAUAUCCAUGCUGCAGGGAGCCCUGAUUGGCCCUGAGUUCGCACAGCAUAAACACACAGGGAGAGCCAUGGAUCGCAGUGGAAAGUAUGCAGCCAUCACUUUUGCCAUGUUGUCUCUGUCCCUGAACAUCAUUCAUUCUUUGCCAGAUGGAGAGUUUAUCAUGCAAGGUUGUUCAGAAUGUAAACUAAGACAGAACACACGCAUGGCAGGAUUCUUCAAUGGACGGCCUGUUUUCCAGUGUGAAGGAUGUUGUUUCUCAAGGGCAUAUCCCACUCCAAUGAGGUCAAAAAAAACAAUGUCAGUCCCAAAGAACAUUACAUCAGAAGCGACGUGCUGUGUAGCAAAAUCCUUCCAAGAGGCUCCAUUUCCCUUUAAUGAAAAUGUAAGGAUAGAGAAUCACACUGCUUGCCACUGCAGCACCUGCUACUAUCAUAAAUCUUAAAGCCUCUACGAAUGGACUACAGAUGGCAUCAUUUGGGGCAUUGGUAGCAAUAUUGUGUAAGAUCUUAACUUUUCUGAUACAAAAACAUUUGUCUUUCCUAUGAAAUACCCUGCUCUUUCAUAUUAUCCUAUGAAACACCCUGUGGUAGUUCUUUAUUUUAUUUUUUUUAAAACUUAAACACACAUUGUGUUAAGCAGCUAAAUAUGCUUCAAUUUGUCAUUUAAGGACCAAAUAUAGAAUUGUGCAUAACAAAAGCAUUGUUUAUUUUGCAUGCAAGAUGUGAAUUUAUAGAUAUCAUCUAAGAAAAAUGGUAAUACGAUAGUUUAAAAUUCCCUCCUACCCCCAAGGUUAACUCUGUUAACUGAACUGAUGGAGACAUUUUUUUAAAAUGACAUAUUACUAGUAUGUCGUAUUACUAGUAUGUGUGGAUUUUUUCCUUCAUCAGACUCAAAUGACAUGAUUUCACUGUAGACAUAACAGUUAUUCUGAUUGAAAACAAAACCCUGUCAAUUAAAAGGAAACUUACUUCAA